CUGCGCUCGUGGAAUGUUGGCGUUGGAAAGCAAGCUCGUGGUCCGCACCAUAGCGCACCAUAUCUGUGUCAAGGUCGAUUUCCACAUCGGUAUUUUCGGCGGAUGAUUCGGAGAGGAAUCAUUGAUUCGGACGCGACGUGGAUAUUUUUGUUGGGUUAUUUAAGUGCGGGGGGUUCGUCGGGCGUUAGUGGUUGCGACAGGUCCGUGACUCCGUGUGUGAGAAGUAUCGUUUGUUGGAGUGCGCUGUCGAUGCCAGUGUGUGUUGGGCGCGUGUCGGAAUUAAGCUGGUCGUGAAGGUGCUGGCACUCCUUGACUGGGUCGACCUUGGCGUGUGGGAGGAGACUUUUGAGAUUUGGGAGUUUCGUUUUUGUUGCGUGCUGUGGGUUGUUCUCGAGGCUUUGCAGGGGAGUGAAUUGGGUUCGCUCUGUUAGUCGUCCUGGCUCUCUUUUCGUUCCCGCGUGUGGCUAGAUCGAGCGCCGAAGCACUCUGCAAGGCGUUCUACUGUCCUGUUGCUUCGAGAUUAGAGCCCUUGCAAGCCCGGUCGUUGUUCGUGUCUCCCAUCGCUUCGCAUCCUAAUUCCUCGGUCGCUUCUGUAUGUGGUGCUUCCUUCUCUCUGAGAUCAAGCACCGUUUUGCAUUUUAGAGGCUCUAGAAAAGGCUUGGUUUCUUGCAUGGCAAGCAAUUCUAUUGCCGGAGAGCUCAUCCCUGAGAGUGUUGAGAAGAAGCAAGUGGAGAUGGGCAGCACUGAAGAGAAUUUAGAUGCAACGCAUGGAUUUACGCGACCUGAAAUGAUGAAGAAGAAACCGCUGGUUGGUAGCGUCGACUUGUAUGAUCGCCACGUAUUUUUACGCUACAACCAGCCAAGUAGCUGGCCAGCGAAAGUAGAAGCUGCAGACUACCAUCCUUUGCCAUCUAAACUGGUCAGUACGCUGCGUAGCAAGAGAAACGAAUUACCGAAGAAGACUCGCUUGACUAUUGCCGAUGGCCAAGAUGAGCCUGAAAGGACAAACGGAGAUAUUUUGGUGUUUCCCGACAUGGUGAAGUAUAAGGGAAUUUCAGAAUCAGAUGUUGAAUCUUUUGUCGAUGAGGUACUGUUGAAGGGGGACAAGUGGGCCUUAGGGGAAUCUGAGCCUCUUGUUGGAACCCAUGUGUUCAUCUGUGCACAUGGCAGUCGUGACAAGAGGUGUGGUGUAUGCGGACCUCCUUUAAGAGAGCGUUUCAAUCAGGAAAUUGCUCUGCGUGGGCUAGGUGAACAAGUGUUUGUAAACUAUUGCUCUCACAUCGGAGGCCAUAAGUAUGCCGGUAACGUGAUUGUGUUUAGACCUGAUGGAGGUUCUGGAGGUUGCUCGGGUCAUUGGUACGGGUACGUCACUCCUGAUGAUGUCCCAGAGAUAAUGGAGAAGCACAUUGGACUUGGCGAGGUGGUGGGUCGGCUUUGGAGGGGUCAGAUGGGAUUGACUGAGGAUGAGCAGAAGGAAGUUCAGCAGAAAAGGAACCCCUCCAGUAAUCUAACUCAGGAUGGCACUAAACCAGAAGGGAAGGUGGAUGCAGCUUCAACAUCUACUGGAGCAACUGCUCCUAUUAGGAAAAAGCCUCCUCCUCCUCUACUUCCACGCAUUGGGUCACGCGACCUGCACCAAAUGUGUGGGGACGAACAGGAAGAAGAAGGUCCACUUAAACCGUACGAGGAGAAGAAAAAGCCUAGGUUCAAAUGGCCAACGUGGGUGGAAGACUGGGAAUCUGGAGACACAAUAGCCGUGGUGACUCUCGCAACUGCAGUUACUGCUAUUUAUUUCGCAUACCAUGCUUAUCGCGUAACUUCCCAGCAAAAUUAAGUCAAUUAACUUCGCAGAUAAGUCAGCGUUUAUGCAUUUUGAGUUUAGCAACUUUACAGUGGAGGAAUACGGUAUAUAGCAAUGUACGAGCGGGGUGUCAUGACAGGUUUUUAUGGCUGUGGGAAAUGCGACUUUUGUUUUUUAGCUGAACUGGAGAGGGCCAUGGUAAACUCCACUUGCAACUAUAGGAGGUUGUCACAGUCGUGACAUCUCUUUGGAACCAAACCUACUAUUUUUUCAAGCAGAAAAAUCUGUUUAGCAGCCUCCUAAGUCAUAAUUCAUAACUGUGGCCAGAUGGCCUUUUUGAGGACUACUCUCAAAUCACUCAGAAUCUAUGAUCGAAGCAACCGUAGGUGAGGGAAUUGCUUCUUCAACACGAAGAAUGUCGGCUGCAGGAAUCAUGGCGCACUCUUGGCUUAUUGCAGAUACUGGGAGAGCAACAUCUUCUGCAGUGAAAUUCUUUGGUAGUAUACUGGAACUAGUGGAAUCCAUGCUUAUAGAACAAGGCAACGAAGCUUCCCCUCUUAACAAUUUUCUCAUCACAUUUCA